AAAAAAUCCCUGCGCUCUUGUUCGUCUCGCUCUGGAUCAGCCUGGGCUCUAAGUAAAGAGCCUCAGAGCUAAGGCCUGUUAAUGUCUUUGUUGAAACUUAGAGGAAACGGUGAAACAUGUAUUAAUUUCGUCGCAAAACAUUGUAAAAUGGAUUAUUUUCGAAGCCAUUUGAAGAAUUUACUGACUUCUGGAAUUUUCGUGGAGCGCUGUUUUUCAUCUCUGGGACUUAAUCGCGAGCACCGGACUCAAGUGCGAAGGAUGACCGACUGCCGGACUGGAUUUUCGGCAUACCCCCACGGGAAAUUCCGGGGGAAGCCAUGAUUGUUCAUUUAACGCUUGUUUCUUCUCAGGACUGGCUCAUUUUGACAUAUACAUGACGUGUAUUGGAUUUUUGUCAUAUUGCAGUGUUCGCUUGUUGUCGGGAUUUAGAUAAUUUUGUUAAAAUUUCAGUUUUUGUCGUAGGCCUCGCUUCGAAAGCGACUGAAACGCACCGGUGCUGGCGGCUGAGUAACAUUGUUUUCGUCGCGCCCUGAUUUUAUUUGCUCAGAUUUUUUUUUCACUCGUUUAUAAUGUCCUUGCUAAUAAUUCACAGAUUCUCAACGUUUUGUAUUCUAGCAUUAGCUAUUACUUUCUAAAUGUUUACUCCAUAUAUUACGGGAUUUAAAGCUACAUGUUGACAUUACUGUAACCGCUCAGUAGCAUUUAUUACUGUUAUAUAACCUAUUUAAACCUUUAUUUGGCGCUAGUUUGCAUCAGAGCUACAGCAUUCGUGUCGGAUGAGCCUCGAUGGUCAGCAAUUGUGUUAAACCGUACGCGCCGCCUUGUACCUCUGCUUUAAUGGGUUCAUCAGGAAAAAAGCAUCGACCAAAUCUCAGAGGUCAGAUAGAAAUCACAUCUGCAGUGUCCAGAAGUGUUCAGGGUAUAGUCACGUUUACAGGGCCACAGGUGUGAACAACCAGCUCUGCACAGAAGAUCUUGCACAACCACAUUAUGUGUGUGCAAAACUGCCAGACGGCGGCGGCUGUCAGACGUGCUCCCUCUACUGCUUCAGGGGUCUUGGUGCAAAGAGACAGGAUGGUGUCAGGGUCUGGUGAGGAGUCAGGAGGAGGGGCUGUUUUGUAGCACAAUGAAGGAGUCGGAACACCAGGGAGGAGAGAGACAGAUGCAGCGUCUGACUUUGGGGGCUUGCCAUGGUGUCCGGUGAGAAGGCGUGGGACCCCCACCAUGCGGGAGUUUUUCAGCCGCCUCUGAGUGAACAGCGCCAGGCUCCUGACCUAAGUCCCCUCUACGACUACACGCUCAGUGCUGCUAAGGACACUGCAAUUCAACAAAAUCAGCUGUUGUCAACUUUGUCUUCCCCGCCACUGCCGUUAGUGGCCCUCAACACCCUUUGCCAAACUGAAGCCUCCUCAGAGUUACUUCCAGCUGUCAGUUUGUACAGCCUGAGUGGAACUGAAGGACAACACAACCCCGUCCGCUGUCCUGGUGGGGCCUCCCAGUCUGAGGAAGAGGAAGCUGAGCAGCUGGACAUGAAGGGAAAAAGGCUUGGGAGUCGUGUUGAGGGUACAAUGGAGGAGAAGAUGGAGGAUGUGGGCGAUGGACCUAAAAAUGCAAAAAUCACCCUGAGCUUCCCUCUCAGUGCAGCCCCCCUCCCAACGUCUCUGGCCUCACCAAAUCACUCUCAUAGCUCUUCCUCAUCAUCCCCUUCCCCCCACCGCAGACGACUGUCCUCUAAGAGCUCAGACAAGGGGUCGCUGUGGAAACUGGACGCCACCAUGGAUGUAAAGCACAGACCUUUUAAGCCCCCGAGACAUGACAAUUCUCCGUCCUCCUCACCGUCCUCCUCCUCUUCCCCCAUGACUGUUCCUGCAUUUAUGAGGAAGGAAAUAAAGUCCCCACCUCCUCUGAAGUGCUCCAAACUGAAUUCGGAGACUCAGAUACACAGGUCACCUACGAGAUCUUCCAGCGGACCUUUAGGGGGCUGUUUUGGUGGGGAAGGAUGGGGUGAGAGGUACAACGGUACAGCCUCACCUUCGCAGACUGCCCAGAUCCUCUUCAGUCUGGGCACGUCAGCCUAUCAGAGAGGCGGAGAAGCAGAGAGGAGAGAGAAGCUGACAGGGAGGCCAGCUGGGGAAGCAGGAAGCCCCCACGGACCAAGUCUUCACCCACCAACGCUCCACCUCCCUCCCCCCUUACCUCCACCGCCUCCCCCACCUUCAGAGGGCCUUACUGCCCCUCACUUGUCCUCCUACCCCCCUACCGACAGCCUGAAGCCAGAGCUGAUUUGUGGUGUGUGCCAUCGGCUUUUCAGCUCAGCCUCCUCCCUCACGGUCCACAUGCGGCUGCAUCGUAGCAGCCGCGCCCUCAGCUGCCGCUACUGUGGCAAAGUCUUCAUCCACAGCAAGAGACUGCAAUCCCAUGAGACAUCGUGCCGGGUACCGGGCCUGUCGUCCGACAGCCUGCGUCCUCCUCCCCUCACUGUACAGCCAAAGGAGGAGCCGCUGGAGGAGGGUGAGGUAAGAGUGGAGGGGGGAGUAAUUGUGGGACAAACAGACAUCAGCAAGGCACGGCCCGGGAAGAAGUCACGGAGCCUCCUGGCACGUAUCCAAGGUGAUGAUGCAGCAAACGCAGAGCUGCUGGCGGGCGAUGAGAACCAUUUUGUGAAGGUUGUGGAUGGCAACGUCAUUUACUUCUGCUCUGUGUGUGAGCGCUCCUACAUGACCCUGUCCAGCCUGAAGCGGCACUCUAACGUGCACUCGUGGAGGCGCAAAUAUCCGUGCCAUUACUGUGACAAGGUCUUCGCUCUGGCUGAGUAUCGCACAAAGCACGAGGUGUGGCACACGGGAGAGCGACGAUACCAGUGCAUCUUCUGCUGGGAUGCGUUUGCCACCUAUUACAAUCUCAAAACACACCAGAAGACCAUUCACGGUAUAAAUCCGAGCCUCAUCUCCAGUGAAAAGACAGCUAAUGGGGGCUAUAAGCAGAAAGCGAAUGCUCUCAAACUCUACCGCCUUCUUCCCAUGCGUUCCCAGAAGAGACCCUAUAAGACUUAUAGUGACAGCUUGCACAACGGCCUUCUACUUCCUCCAGGUGACACGUCCUCUCUCUCCCUGCCUGGACUGGGCUGUGCUAUAGACCCCGGAGACCUACACAGCCUCAUCCCCUCUCAAAGUGUGAAGCCUGAUCCAGAUGCUUUCCCUGAUGGCUUUCCUGUUUCUAUUGCUGCUGAGCACAGUGACCUCUCUGCGUUAUCAGCCCUACCCUCAACUGAUGAGGCCCAAAUUAGAAAACAUGAGAGUGAGACUCUGGAGUCAGAUCAGGACAGAGGCAGCAUCAAAAUGGCUAAUAAUAGCAGUAAAACCAAAACUCCUAAGAGCGCUAGAGGCUCAGAAAUGAGUAUGCCGUCUGUUAUUACAUAUGGCCACACAAAACCCUCUGUUAUAGUUCAUGGAGCAGCAGUCUCAUCCUCCGUUAUUGUGCAUAGCAAUCAGAUAACUUCUGGUAGUGACAAAAGCCCAGCGAACAGCCCAUCCUCUGAAACAAAUAGCAACCAGACUUUAAUUAAAGCUAGUCCAAGGCCAAUCAAAAAGCAAAGGGAUAGGGAUAGUACAGAUAAUUACAGAAAGAGGUCCAGAGACACUUCAGAUGCCACAGAAGGGAGCUCAAGAAGUAGACAGGACACUGAGAAAGGCAGAUUAUUUCACAAAUCUCGCAAGUCCCAUAGUAGGAGUAAUAUGCCAGUCUCAAAGCAGGUUUCAGCAACUGUGGGGUCACAGGUCAAAGAGGCAGGGCCACUGUGCCAAAUUACUGUACGCAUUGGUGAGGAGGCCAUAGUGAAGCGUAGCAUCUCAGAGACUGAUCUCAGACGAGACAAGAGCUUAUCCCCCCCUAAAAUCAAACGGAGCGAAACCUCGUCCACGAAGGAGGAACGCCAGACGCACUCCCACCACCAUCACCAUAAACACCGCAGAGCCACACGGGAAACAGAGGGUGAAGAGAAAGCAGGAGACUGUGAGCAGGAGGAGGAGGUGAAGGUGAAGGAGCAGGAAGAGAAGGAGGCUCGGCAAGAUAGCUCCAAAUCACCUGACCAGGUGAGGGAGUACUACUUCCGUAAGGGGGUGCGGGAACAGGACAGUGACAAUGACAUGGAGGAUAAUUUAUGGCGACCUUACUACUCGUACAAGCCCAAGAAAAAGGCUCAAGCACAUCUACAGAGAGUCAAGAGCUGGCAACGGAAACUAAAGUACAAGCGCUCCAUCCGCCUGAAGAGGAGGGCAGAGAGGCUCAAGAGGCUUCUCAAUAAACAACCCGAGAAACCACAAGAGCAAGAAGAUGACGGGACAAUCGACGACGCCGAGAAACUGUCAAAGACAGGCAAGGACAAGAAGGAGGGAAAAAAGAUGAAAGAUCUGUCUAUCCCUCUAAGUGAAAAAAAACCUGAUGCAGAAGAACAGGUUCAAGAGGCCCGUCACAAGGUUUCCACCCCUCCCGUGCCCUCUCCAAAGCCUCCUCUGUCUACCUCAGCAGCUCCCACAGGAAUAAAGAGGCGGCCUUGGACUAAUGGGAAUGCAGCAGAGUGUGGCACAUGUGGCCGCUGGUUCUCAAGCCCCAGGAAGCGAGACAAACACGAGCUGAGCCAUCUGCUGGAGUUUGUAUGCCUCUUCUGUCGAGCCACUUUCCCCUCAAGGGACAAGUUGGAAGAUCACCAGAGAGCCCAGCAUCCUAAACCUACUGAGGCACCCUCUGUGCCCUCUAAAUGUGGCAAGCAAGUGGUAAAGAUUGGGAUCAAGUCUCUCCCGGAAAGUGCAAAAUAUGACAAGGACAAAAGAGGACAAGCGAGCUUGGAGGGAAGUAAUUCUAGCCCCAGUCGUAUAAGCAGAAGAGCAUUAUCACGACACACCUGUUUACAGUGCCACAAGGUGUGCAAGACAUCUUCAGCACUAAAUCGCCACGUCCGACGUCAUGAAUUAGGCAGUUCUCCAGAGAGAGAAAAGGAAGACGUCAACCCAGAACCGAUCCCACCACAGACAUUUUUUAACAGGCUUUGUGCCGACUCGGAGAUGGAUGUGGGACAAAUUCCCAGUGCACUCUCUGUUUCAGUUAUCAGCUACUCAGCACCAGAGGCAACCAAUGGAGGACAGACCGAAGACCGUCUAAGUGAAUUUACAGACAAACUUCAGGCAUUAAAUUGCUGUGAAAGAUCGGAACCAACCCAACUCCCAUUUUCCGCUCCGGAGAGUGACUUCAGACCACAAAUUGUCGACCGUCCUCUAGAAAGUCCAGUAAACUUCCCAUCCUCUAAACCUGAAGUCUUGCCUUCCACGCCCUCCCCCCUCCAGAGUGUGCUUGUCAUGAAUGGACCAGAAUGUCUUGACUAUCGCACCCCCAGCAAAAAAGGUCUAGACAGCCAGAUCCAGAGAAUACCCAGCCCUUUGCACUUUGCUACAUCCACCAACACCUCUCCAAAUAUGCCCAUGACAUCACAGACCAGAAUAAUCACUGCUGCUCCUCCUGUUUCCAUGGCAACAACUCCUAUCUCCGAGGGGGGAUUCAUGAGACGGGAUGGGGUCAUUAUAGACAGGGAGAGGCAGAUGGGGAGCGGUACAGUUUUACACACAGGUUACGAGGAAUCACCUGUGGUCCAAGGGCUCAGAGUCCAGCCCCUCUCCCGGAGUUCCUCGCCUGACGAAGCACAAGACCUGACCAUGUCCUCUAUUUUAGCACGAGAGAGGGAGGUAGAAAGGCAAAUAGAGGCAGAGAGGGAGCUGGAGAGGCAGCAGGAACGGGAGAGGAACAAAGAAAUUGAGAAAGGAAGAGCAAAAGAGAUAGAGAGGAGGAGAGUUGCUCAUCUUCCCCAAGAUCAGAAUUCCCUCCUGGUUCCUAAAGAGGAGCCACUGAGUCCUGUACCGUCUCCCCAAGAUAUCUCCCCUCACACCCUUGUGAAAGGACCCUCUUCACACAGGAACACUCCCAAAUCCCCCUGCCGGUCCCCCUUAACCAUUGGACUGACAGCUCAGGCCAACCGGCCGGUUCAUUCCAGUUCACAAGGACUCGACAGGCCCCCGCUGCCUACUGGAGCAGCUGGUGCCAGUGACCGCCCCUCUGCACACGCUCUGCUUCUUCCCCGGGCAUCCCAGCCACCUGAGCUGGACCACUUGGACCCUGUUUCUUCCAUAGAUUCACAGCAAGAGGAUGCCACCCCAACUGGCUACCUCGCCCAAGAUUACCCUCUUCCUCUCAUUGUGCCGGACAGCUACCACUCUGUUAAGAAGCAGGACGAAAACCUGCUCAUGUCCUCCUAUCCACCUGGAGUGCUGCCUUUUGGGCCUCUGGGGAAAGUGAUAGUACCUAAUGGCGGUGACCUGGCCAAGCUGCCGUUCUACCCAGACCCAUACCAGCUGCUCUACGGGCCCCAGCUCCUAGCCUACCCCUAUAACUUGGCAGCGCUUCCUGUGGCGCUGAACAUGAUGGCACCCGGAGACGACAAGGUGGGGCCUCUGCCAUUCCUCCCUGCCAUCUUCAACUACGCGGCCACCGCUGGGCCCUACAUGGGCGCCACCCCUCACCCCCUCGUGGCAAAUCCUGGCCUCUAUAGCGGCGGCAAUGGCAGCAACAAAAAGCAUCGAGACAGCAGCAGCAGCAAACAGUAGGACACAGAUGCACUAUGAUGAGAACAGCUCCAAGGGGACAGCCUCAUCUGUUCUGGCUGGGAGAGGACGGGGUCCAUGCUGACUUGCUCUAUCAGUACACUUGCACAUUACCCUCGUCUCUCUUUUAUUCAGCCAAGAUCAGAGCUAGGAAUUACGGGAGCUGGCGUGAAGAGGAGAGGAAGGAGCUAAGAAAACAGGGACGAGAGACCAAUAAUGAAACCAACGUAUCAAAACUCCCCGACCUUUACUCCAGCUCUUCUUUCUCUCCCGUCCCUGUGUUGUGUUGUAGCGCUCAAGCUUGAUCAUCUCCCUCUCUGACUCAUUAUAACAUCUAUGAUAUAAGACCUGCUAACUGUGUGUUGUGUGAAAAAUCAGUUCAGUCCGCAUCCCUUUAUAGACAACACAUAACGAGGAUAAACGUUCUUCAGGGAAGGUUUGCAUCGGCUCGGUCGUGAGAUUAGUCAGAGGAAACACACAGGCUCACAUCCCUCAAGCUAUACGCGAGCACGUCCAUGCACACGUCUGUAGGGGUUUGUGCAUGCAGCGUUUGGCUUAAGCAGGCAUAGCUGUGUACACGUGGAGAGUGUGAGUGUGUUUGUACGAAUCUAGAUCAUUCCGUUUGAGACGCACAGCCUUCCUACUCUAGUUGGAAUAUCUACUGUAGGUUCAUGUGUAGAAAUGCUUUAUAGGUGAUUUCUUCAUAUCCAAAUUAUUAAUAAGUCAAAAAAGGAAAAGAAAAAAAAACUAUUGUGGCUGGGCUUGAGUGUGUGUGUGACGACAGAUCGUCAGCAAACCUGGUGAGACUGUUGGGUCUGUAAAAGCAUUCAAAGUAGUUUAUACUUUAUGUGCACAAAGUAGAUAAGUAGUGGUCACGUAAAGGGGACACAUGUAGCUGCUUUGGAAAUGUAGCUGGCCACUGGGUGAGGGUGAAUGGCUGGUAGACCGUUGCACUUCCGUUUAUCAUCUCGUUUCUUUCAAAUAGUUUCAAUAAAAGGAAAAUAAUAAAAACCAGUCAGCCUUUGUCUUGUGUAGCUUUUUCCUCUGAGAAGAGUAAAAGGCCAGAUUUUUUUUAGGAAGAAUAUUAAACAACUGCAAAGGAGACAAAAAACCAAGAGAUUCAGGGUAUUUCUGGAUAGGAACACAAAUAAAUGGGCACAAAACCGUUGAGACUUUGAAUCAGACGGGUCCAACAAGAGAAGAUCCAAGUUCGAGGGUAAAUCAUGGCUUCCGUCAACAUACUGAGCGUUAGGAAAAGGCUGAGCUUAGCAGCCAAAGUGGUGGGCCGAAAAUGUUCCAGAUGCCCUCCUGGGGCCUUUUUGUUACGUGUAAGAUUAUCUUUAUAUGUUUGUUUUGUUGAACUAUGUUGUUGUUUAUGUUGUUUAGCCCUCUUACUGGAUGGAAGUGAAAAAAACUGGGUUUUGCGGUGGGGACGGAGUAAAAAUAUGAAUGUAAAUUUAGUGACGAGGUUAAUGAAGUACAGCUGCAUUAAUGGUAGAGUUGGUUUCUGUUUUUAUUAUUUUUGUUUGUUUUGACACAAAUAACCCGUUAAAGAACCGUAUAACGUCUGGUAUGCAUAUAUACAGUAGUCCUAGAAACAUGUCAGUAAAACUUGGGUUCUGUAUCCACAAAGCAUGGGCGACACUCGCUUCCUAACUGUUUAUAUCCUCAGCAAUUCUGGCUUUGUGUGCACAGCUUUUCUUUUUUAUGUUUUCCACCCGUUUAGUCUCCUACAUCUCUGUUAAAAAUCAAAUUUUUCACAUUAAAGGAAACAAAGAAAAAAAGUCACUUUUAGCACAUCCUGGCUCGCUGCACCUCCUCUGAGUGUGUGUGUGUGUGUGUGUGUGUGUGUGUGUGUGUGUGUGUGUGUGUGUGUGUGUGUGUGUGUGUGUGUGUGCAGUCAGGACCUGUAGGAGCUUUUUGGUUUCUACAAAAGUGUAAAAUUGUUAAAACACAUUGUGACCGUGUGAGGAGGGGUUGUUCAGGCAUCCCCUCCAGUGUGGUUACAAGCCUUUUAGCGUGUGUGUGUGAGAGAGAGAGAGAGAAAGAGCGAGAAAACCAAAAUAAAUCAGCCUAAGCAGCGUGUAUCCCUCGGCAGAAAAAAGGCCACCUGUUAAAUUUAUUUUCUUUAAUUCUGCAAAACAUUUCUGUGGGGUAGUUUUGAUGUAAAAUGAUAAUAUUAAUAAUAAAAGCCUUGCUGUUUCCAGUACGCUCUCUCAAGCCAUUCCUGUAGAUGGACAUGUUUGUGUUCUGGACCAUUUCUUAUGCCAUAGUUUGUCAUCACAGACCAAAAGCAUGCAAAGUCUACGUAUUUGUGGUGACUGGACUGGAAUCUGGUGGUAAUAUACAACUAUUUACUGUAUGUUUUAGUUCAAAUGAAUGUGCCUCUGCUUUGAUAUUUAAAUAAUUAUCUAUUGUAAGAUGUGGAUCGGCCUGAUUUCACCUGUUAAGGUGCCUUGUUGUGGCAUAAGAAAUUAGAAUGGUAAACAAGAAGGUAUUUUUUUGUGUUUUGUCUUAAAGAAAUGAACACAUUUGGAGACAGAGUUUAUGGCUUUGUUUGCAUUGAAGCUGUUGAUAGAUGUAGGGGUGUGGCUAAACUGUUUUGGUAUUGUGUACAUGUCUAGGGUAAUACUGUGCCAUAUAGAGCCCACAGAAUAUGUUCAUGUUAUUUUUCAAAGAUGUUUUAAUGUUGCCUGAUGACUUUGUCUUUAGAUUUGAUACGAAGGCUCGUAGCCACAGCUCUCUCAAAGUCUGUAGUCUGUUCCUCCUCCCCCCUCCCUCCCUCCCUCGUUUCUGUCUCUCCCUUUCUUUCUCUUUGCUGCAAUCAAACAAAAUAAAGUAUUAACCUGAUGACCCAGUUAAAUCUGCA